CACCAGCACGAACACGGCGCGAGCUGGAAGUAACAGAGCAGCGCGCCGUCCGCCGUCGACAACGAGGGAGGCGAUCGGGCAGCCGUGAGGCGGCGGCUGACGGCGAGGGGGGCGGACCGAGCGACGCCGUCGGAUUCGGAUCCGACGCGCGUCAGGCCGACCAACCUGCCCCCGCCCAGGCCGAGGCGACAGAAGAGAGGAGCGGCGCGCCGCGUUUGACCCGUCGCGGGCGCUGACGUUUUCCACAUUUCCUGAGGGGAAAAAAGAAGAAGAAAUCGCGUGUUAUUUAGACCAAUCCGAAGGUGGAACCGAGCGGAAAUUCGAGCAGGAGGAAGGGGGAAAAAAGCUCGGAAAUUUCACUCUCCCAGACGUGCGACGACCGGAAGGAGAGAGCGGAGGAGAGGAACCCAUCGCCGUCGCCGGCAAGGAUAUUGAUUUGUGAGAAGGGGCGACUAGAAUGGUGCCGGAAGAAGAGGGAUUUGGGAUGGCUGAGCGCAACCAUGUGGUGGUCGAUGUGGAUGGUUUUGCAAACACCAAGGAUGAUGGGGUUGCCGACAAGCUGUCUGAGGCUGUGAGUGGUUCGGCAGUGUCUGUUGUGUCACCGUCUGCAGCUGUUGAUUUGGCUGAGGAGAGCGGUGGGGAGGAGGAGCCUCUCAUCCAGGCAGCUGAGUGCCGGAUAUGCCAGGAGGAGGACAGCGUCAAGAAUCUUGAGAAGCCAUGUGCUUGCAACGGCAGCCUCAAGUAUGCUCAUCGAGCUUGUGUGCAACGCUGGUGCAAUGAGAAAGGAGAUACUACAUGUGAAAUUUGCCAUGAGGAAUACAAGCCUGGUUACACUGCACCACCUCGUGUUCAACCAGAUGAGACCACCAUAGACAUCAGUGGCGAUUUGAUUAUGGAUUUGCGUGACCCAAGAAUUCUCGCUGUAGCAGCUGCUCAGCACCGUCUUCUUGAGGCAGAGUAUGAUGGUUAUGCUGGUGCUGAUGCUGGUGGUGCUGCAUUCUGCCGUUCUGCUGCACUUAUUUUAAUGGCACUGUUGCUGCUACGGCAUGCAUUGUCUAUCUCAGACAACGAAGGAAACGAUGAUGAUGCUUCUACCAUGUUCUCCCUUUUUCUUCUGCGAGCUGCUGGGUUUCUUCUGCCAUGCUAUAUCAUGGCAUGGAUCUUCAGUAUUAUGCAUCGCCGGCGACAAAGACAGAUAUGCUAAACUGAGCCAAUCGGAGGGGAAAGGGGAAAGGGGGAGGAACUCACCGGUCAGGCGGUUACCACCGGGCACCGGCUUGCGGUCGUGGCUGCAAGAGGUGAGGAGGGGUGCUCGUAGCUGCUCGCCUGUUGCCGCUGCAGGAAGGUCAGGCGCCAGUGCAUGACUGCGUGGUCCAGUCGAGGCAAAGAAUGGAAGCCCGUGUGGCAGUCCUUGUUGGUGGUCGCCGCCAGCACGUGGUUGCGCGGCAUGCCCCCGGGCGCUUGCUGCGGCUUUGGAGAGAGGCGUCUGGGUGUCGAGUGUCGAGAGACAGGGAGAGACCGAGAGGGUCAUGCAUUAGGUCACGGAAGGGACUCUGUCGACUUGGGUUGGCCGUAUCGGAGAUGCAUCGUCCAAGUAUCUAGCACGUAUCCGAUUUUUCUUUUUUCCCCGAUACGUGAUAGAUACGUAUCCUAGCCAUAUUCGUAUUAGAUACCGUAUCCGCUCGAUCAGGGGCAUAUCGGUGUUUUGU